UUUAUAUCUAGUCCUUUCCUAAGAAGAACCAAAUUGGAUUUACCAAGUUGAUAUUUCAACUAGAGACAGCUUGGAAGUAAAGAAAGAUGCAUCUGGUAUUAAGGAUGACAUCGUAAUUUGGUUUGCAAAAACAACAAUGUAUCAUUAGCAAAAACAAAUGGGACCUCCACCAUUUUCUCUCCCUCUGCCGCAACCAACUCUAAGUCAGUUUUUGUUCCUUUGCUAUGAUAUUAAGCGCCUCCAUAGCAAUAAUGAAAAGAAGGGGAAGGAGGAUCCCUUGCAUUAGAGCCCUAGAGAUAUUGGAAACCUAGAAAGGCUGCAAUGAUACCUGCAAAAGAGUUGAAGAAAUGCAAGACCUCAUCCAGGAACACCAUUCUUCUCCAAACCCUAGACUCCUCAGCAUGUGAAACAGAAAACCGCAAGACAAAUGGUCAUAAAAAUUGAUAUCCACUUUAUAAACCAGCCCCUUCUUCCAUUUCAUUAGCAAUAGGUGCGGCAUCCAUUUUGUCUACCCUUUAGAAAAGCAUUCUGGCAAGUGCCCACAACAAGUACCCUGCACUCUUCAAGUCUUUUAAUUAAUACUUUACCAAGGAGCUUUCUAAGAGAACCCACCAAGCUAAUGGAUCUAAAUUCCUGCACGUAUGAAGCAACUUCAACUUCAGGGAUGAACACCAAGAAAAUGGAGUUAAGACUAAACAAAAAGGAGCUCUCUCAUAAAAAGGCAAGAAACAUUGCCAAAAAGUCUUCAUUCACAAUCACUCAUUAAUUCUGUAUGAAAUCCACAGAGAAGUCAUCUGGACUUGGGACUUUAUCCCCCUUAUAACUCAUGAGAGCUUCAAAAUCUCCUCAAGAAAAGUUCUCACAAACCAAAACCUACAUACGCUUCCACUUUGCAAGAAGGUUAAACACCGAAGAACUCAAGGUUUGCACCAUUGUUAAGGUUUAAGGUAAAGAUCCCCAAAAAUGCCAUUGACUGCGUCUCUUUGCUCCUGUUCCUCUCAUGAUCUUGACCAUGGCCACCAUCUUCUCAAUAUAGUUGUAGCAUCUGGAGGAGUAGCCAACUUGUGGGAAAAUCUAUUAUUGUUGUUACCCUCAUCCAAGUCGCUCUACAUCUCUGUCUCCAUGCAAUUUCUUCUGCUGUCUGUUCUGUAAAGCUAUUAUAGCAUGUUUUUUGUGUAUAGUUCUCCUUGGAUAGAACUGUGGAGCUAUUAUUUCAUGUAUACACUUUGUUAGUACCAGGGUAUGAGAGAUUGAUUGUUUACUAGCAAAAAGCAAAGUUUCAUUACCUUUUUGAAUAAUGUUCAAAGUGCUAGCCUGAAACAAAAUGUAGAAGAACUAUAUUCAUUGUUGUUUGAUGAUUGAGAGUUGACGUUGUUUGGAAUUAGCUGUCAGGAAACAAUGUCCUACUUAGUGAAAUUCUCAUACAGGAUUGGUCAGAUCUGUGGCGUCCUGAGCUUGCAGGGAGGAUUUCAAUGGUGAAUUCUCCCAGAGAGGUUGUAGGUGCAGUUUUGAAGUUUAUGGGGGCAUCAUACAACACACAGGACAUGGAUUUGCAAGUUGCUGGUGGUAGGGAUGCUGUCCAGAAGAAUUUGACAUUACUCAGGAAACAGGUUCGGCUAUUUGACAGCCAGCACUAUCUGAAAGCACUCAUCGUAGGAGAUGUGUGGGUAGCUGUUGGGUGGAGUAGUGAUGUUCUUCCUGUUGCGAAACGCAUGUCAAAUGUUGCAGUGGUUGUUCCCAAGUCUGGAGCAAGCUUAUGGGCUGAUCUCUGGGUUUGCCCCAUAUCUUGUCAUUUUAGUUCGAAGGUCUAUUUGUUAUACAGUAAUUUCUACUGGGCUUUGGAGGGUUCAUGUUAAAAAGUGAAGUGUUAAACU